UCUGUCUGCGUCGACCAGGAGAAGUUCAUGAUGAUGAUGCGUGCAGCCGUGGGUCUCUGGGUCCUAUCAGCGGUGAUCUGCCUCGGCAGAGGCGAUCACCAUGGUGAUCACCAUUCGGGUCACGGGCAUGACAAGGCCGUCCAAGACACUGCAGUGGACGGCAGCGCCAACAGCGUCUCCCAGGUGAACGAAGCCAACCAAGAGUUUUCCUUCCACCUCUACAGGAAGCUAGCAGCUCACGCUGACUCUCAGGGACAGAACGUCUUCUUCUCCCCGAGUUCCGUGUCCACCGCCUUGGCCAUGUUGUCCGUGGGCGCGCAGGGGGAGACGCACCGCCAGCUUUUUAGUGGUCUGGGCUUCAACAGCUCCCUCCUGACCCAGACUGAUGUGGACCAUGCCUUCCAGACGCUCCUCCAGGGGGCCAACAACGCAUCCCAGGGGGACGCCGACGAAGGGACCGCCGUGUUCGUGGACAACCGCUUCAAGCCAAAGCCGGAGUUCCUGCAGACCCUGAAGCAGUCGUACUUCACAGAAGGGUUCAACGUGGACUUCACCAAAACCACCGAAAGUGCAGAUACCAUCAAUAAGUACGUGGAGGGGAAGACCAACGGGAAGAUCGACAAGUUGGUGGAAAGCCUGGAUCCAAACACAGUCAUGUGUCUCAUCAGCUACAUCUACUACAAAGGAAAGUGGGCGACUCAGUUUGACCCUAAGCUCACCGAGCAGGACGACUUCCACGUGGACGAGAACACCAAGGUUCAAACCGCCAUGAUGAACAUGGAGGAACGUUUCCAUACCUAUCACGACCACGAGCUGAACACCACGGUCCUUCAGCUGCCCUUCAACAGCUCCUACUCCAUGCUGCUGAUGUUGCCUGACGUCAUGGCAACGCUGGAGAACGCCAUCUGCCCCAACCACGUCACCAAAUGGUUGAAGGCUAUGACAAGACCCAGGAGACAUAAUCUAUAUGUUCCCAAGUUCUCCAUCAAGACUUCCUACAAACUGAACGAUGUGCUGUCAGAAAUGGGAAUGACGGACAUGUUUGGUGGCAGUGCAAAUCUGAGAGGCAUUUCAGAGGAGGGGGGACUGGCCGUCUCAAAAGUUCUGCACAAAGCGACGCUGGACGUGGACGAGACCGGUGCCGAAGCUGCAGCCGCCACCGCCGUCCUCAUCGGACGGACGAUUGAAGUCCCGACCAAAGUCUCGGUGCUGAAGUUCAACCGUCCGUUCAUGGUCAUGAUCACUGAACGCAACACGGAGAAGAUCCUCUUCAUGGGCAAGAUCCUCAACCCGACCGUCUGAUGGUUUCUCUGGGUCCAGCUCAUAUAUAAAGAGUUAGAGAAACCUUU